AGGCUGUUUGCAGCUCCCAAUGGGGCCGUAGGAAUGCUGUGACUGAUGAAUGUUUGUGCCGGGCCUCAGCCGAUUCGGGAGACACCUCUCGCAGGUGACGGUGUCGCAGGCCCGGCUGCAGGAGUUCAUCCGGGCUGAGCUGAGCUACUUCGCGGCGCAGCACACCCAGGCCUUGAGCCUCGAGCAGAUUGUGGAUGCCUCCACCCCGGGCAAGGUGGCCAGGCUGGUGCACAAGGAGAUCCCUUUUCGCUUUGCGGCUCGGAUCCGGCACAUCGAGGCAGUGGAAGGCUGGGAGAAGCAGGAGGAACUCAGGCAGCUCCACAAGAUCUUCCUGGACUCCUUCAGCGAGCUGCGCCUCACGGAACCUCCUGGGACAGAGGAGUGUUCCUUGACGGUGUCCGACUUGACGGAGUACACCGAGGUGAUCCGAUCCGUUCGCAAGCGCCAUAUGCCCGUGGUGGCGCUCCUCGCAGAGGCCAUCCGGAAGAUGAACCACAAGGACGCCUGGAUGGAGGGCGAUGCCUUCCAGUCCUGGGCAGACACCUUCUUGGUGUCCCGGAUUUCAACUGAGAUGCUGACGUCCCACUACAUGGCUGUGGUGGAUUGGCACGAUUCUGCUUCCGAGGCGAGCGAGCUCUUGGGCUCCGAUCACAUUGGCAUCGUUGACACCAAGUGCAAUCCUGGCAGGAUUUGUGAGCAGGCAGCGAAAGCGGUCCAAUCAAUGUACGCCAAUGCCACUGAGUCAAGCGCUCAGCAAGUUGCAGACAAGCUGCAAGUGGAAGUGCACUCCCACUCGGAUUCCGGAUCGGAAGACUCUACCAUCGCGUUUUCGUACAUCCCAAAGUACCUCUUCUACAUCGUCCAGGAGCUGAUCAAAAACAGCGCCAGGGCGACAGUGGAGGCCUGCAAGCUGGACGGGAGACGGCGGUUGCCAGACAGGCCCAUCAUUGUGACGGUUUGCGCCGACCAGAAGCAAAUCGCCAUCCGCAUUGCGGAUCAGGGUGGCGGCAUAUCCUGUGGGAAGUCCGAAGAGAUUUGGUCGUACCUCUUCUCCACCUCCAUGCAGCCAUUCCAGGAGUACCUGGAAAGCGGCAGCCCAUUGGCUGGCUGGGGCGUCGGCCUGCCCCUGGGCCGGCUUUAUGCCAGGUAUUUGGGUGGAUCCCUGCAGCUCAUGAAUGUGCCCGGCACUGGAGUGGACGCGUAUCUAUUUCUGCGACGGAUUGACCCCAGCUCUGCAGAAGGCGUACCGCGUGCUUCGAUCUCGGAUUCGGUGGCUCCUGUAUAGCUACGGUAAGAUGGGCGACGCCAACGGUUUCAAGGAAGGACACCAAUGGUGCCUUCGGCUAAUGUACCUGCCUGCCUUCGGCUAAGUGUAUAUGUCA